AAACAGCUCAGGACUAAAUUUAUCUUCAAGACAAUGGAACUAAAAAAUUCAGCAACUGUCCCUCUGCUUCUUAUCCUGGUUGUCAGUCAAGUCUGCCAAAUUUUAUCAACAGCUGAGUCUCUUACUACUAUUAAUACCACCCCUACUAAAGGCCCCACAGGGGUACCUGAUACAGCAGCAAGUUCAGCUGUAUCCAUUCCAGUUGGGCCAACAGAUGUAUCCACUGCAGUUGAAACAACAAAACCUCCAGCUGGAUCUGCAUCUUAUCCAACUGAAGCAACUCUAGCUCCUACAGAUACUCCGAAACCUAGUACCACAAGUAAAGCUCCUACAGAUCCUCCGAAACCUAAUACCACAAGCAAAGCUCCUACAGAUGCUCCGAAACCUAGUACCACAAGCAAAGCUCCUACAGAUGCUCCGAAACCUAAUACCACAAGCAAAGCUCCUACAGAUGCUCCAAAACCUAAUACCACAAGCAAAGGUACUCCGAAACCUAAUACCACAAGCAAAGUCGCAGUCACAACUUCAAACUCGCCGACUACUUGCACAGGAAUUUACUGUAGCUCUCUAUUUACAUCCCUGGCCCUGACUUUCAUCACAUGCAAGUUAUUGGGAUGACAUGGGAUGUGCAGCAACCUGGGCUUACUGAUGCAACUGAACCAACUAUUCCUGUAUAAACAGACUGGCAAUCACUGUGACCAAACAAAUGUUUUUUUAUGUCAUUAAAUUAAAUGAGUAGGUCUGUAAAAAUAACAAUAAUACAGAUAAUUAAAAAAUAUGAAGUACAUAGUAAUUCAUAGCAAAAAUGUAUAUCAUUUCUUACAAAAGGCAUGCAAAUAAUCAUUGUUGGUAAUUUUGUAUUUGAACUUACUCAUAAACUUUUUAAAUGAAUGGAUAUAAUAGUACUAUUUAUAUUGCAGAAGUCUAUAUGCAAGGUUCUCAACCAUGGGAAAGACUAAGGGGGGAAUGUAAUAAAAGUCAGUAACGGAAAAAGUAUUUGCAGUGGGAAAAUGUAUGUCUCUGUGCUAACAAAUUUGCCUUUGUGUGAAACUGUUUAGUGACCACUUCCAACAGUGAAAGAAAGUUUGUGAAUUUUAUAGUUUGUGACCCUGCGCAGUGUAUGUAAUAAAACUUCUGAAUUAUAAAGAUUAUACCACCUUCAAGCAUGCCUUAAAAGUUUGCAAUGUGCAAUGCAAUAACCGUCUAAUAAACAAUAUUGAUUUAUGUUGAUAUUUAAAAUGAUGUAUGCAAUUUUUAUUCUUAUUUGUGCUAAUUUUUUUCCCGUUUAGGACUUUUAUUACAUUCCCCCAAUAGUUUGUUCCACUUACAUUGUGUCUUACAUUUCCCUAAUGAUUAUUUAUAAAGUACUAAGUUCUACAGUACUUUAGUGAUGGUUUUAAUUCACCCUGCCCCAGGGAAACUUGCAAACUAAGUUGUCAUUCUCAUGCAUUGUAGUAAAUUCAGUAGCCAAUAACCUUCCUGUAUGUGUUUUUGAAGUGUGGGGUAGUACUACUGUGUCUGCUCUCCACUAUGAUUUGCACUAUACUGUAUGUUCUCUAACUCCAUAUGCAUCAGCUAGUUCUAUGUACACAUUUCCCUGUAAUAAAUAAAAUGUUUCCAACCUUAAAUAAAUGUUAAUAUGUAUUUUA